AUGUCUAGAAAAGAAAAUCGUGAAGUUUAUCAUAGUUCCUCAUCUGGUCCAGCUACUAUUAACGCAGUAAAUUCUCACGUACAACAAAAAACGUCCAGUUCCAAUAAAAAACAUUAUGUCGAUAAACAGGGAAAAAAUUAUAAGUUUUACAAAUAUGGUAUUUUAAAAAGUACAGAUGAAACUUGUUGGUGUUGUGUCACGAAAACUGGUCGUGCAAAAUUAUACACACUAGGAGAUGAAAAAAAUUUAAUUUUUUUAAAGAAAAGUGGUGACCAUGAGCAUGAAAUGUUAGAUCAAGUUAUAUUAAACAGACAAAAAGUGAGUAACCAAGUAAAGCGAAAAACCGAAGACUGGAUGUGCGACAGACCUGCCAAAAUUAUCCACAGGGAAAUAAACUCUCAAAAACAGUGUUUGAAUACUCUUACAAGUAAAGACAUGAAAUACAUUCGAAAUAACUUUGGAAGAAAAAAACAAGAAAGAAACUUGAGUUUACAAAACAAGAGUCUUUCAGAAACUAAUAUUGUAAGAGUAGAAGAUUUUAAUCCAUUGCCCUCUUGUAGUAGCAUAACACAAUCUAACAAGGGUAGGAACUCAAGACAGGGUUCGAGUUAUGUGAUUACCAGUAUACCCUAUAAAGAUGAGCUUGAGGAAAGUCUACGAGAACAGGAAAGAAGGAAAGCAUUAAAAGGAAAGGGAAAAAAAACAACCUUAAAUACUACAUUAAAAAAUAACACCAAGAAAGUUCAGAAAGAAGUUCAAAAAGAAAUAAAAAAGAAACCUAAGCCACAAUCAAAAAAACAGUGUUCCGAAUCCUCUUCGGAUUCGGAAGAUGAGCCAGUACUUCAUGAUGAUUCGGAUUUAGAUGCUGAUGAUGGAUAUGUUGCAUGA